UGUUUAUGCAGCGCUAAUCUUAGGUCAAUACUUUCACGAUUAACAGUGUUAAAAGAGCAGUCGUUACGAAAUGUGUGGUGCAGUGUUUUUUCUAAUAACUUUAGUUUGUGCCACUGCCACACUUGAACCCUUUGAAGUAGUUUCUACCACAAAUGACCCAACUUCCUUCAACACCAACACUUCGUUGCACCCUCUGGAACUAAAAAUCACACUUCUACAAGACAAACCACACCGAUCGGACAGAAAUGCCUUACCAGAAAUUUCUUUGCUUCCGUUACACCUUAGUAACCACCCUAAAGACUGCCAAAUAUACCAUGAAAGAGGUGCCCGAAUAAAUGGUCUCUAUCGCAUUCAACCUGAUCCCUCCACCGACUCUUUUCUGGUACUAUGUGACAUGAAAACAAGAGGCGGAGGAUGGACGUACUUGAUGAACAGGUACGACGGUUCAGAAAAUUUUGACUUGCCUUGGAACGACUACAAAGACGGUUUUGGUAACCUGAAUGGAGAGUUUUGGUUGGGGUUAGACAAGAUGCACGCUCUAACAGAAAGUACCCAAGUCAGCGAACUUUUAAUCGAAUUGAUCGACUGGGAGAACGGGAAGGUGUAUGCAUAUUAUGGUACUUUUAGAGUCGGGAGUGAAGAUAAAGGUUAUGGGUUGAAAAUCGGUGACUAUAGUGGCAAUGCUGGAGAUUGUUUGGCGGCACAUGACGAACGGAAGUUUAGUACGAAGGAUAAGGAUCAGGAUGCCCAUGAUACCGUACAUUGUGCUAACCAUUACAAUGGGGGGUGGUGGUAUGCGGCUUGCUUCAGGAGUAAACUCACCGGCAAAUACAUCAAAGGUAACACCAGCACUAAUCAAGGUAUACAUUGGGACCUGUUUCAUCCAAAUACGUAUAGUCUUAAGCAAGUGAGAAUGAUGUUGAGGCCAGGAGAACUGUGGACCUAGAAUUGUGGCUCCUGUGAAAUUCUUAUUAUUUACUCUAGGUUUGCAAGGUUGAUUCUGUUAUCGUCUUACCCCAAUUUUGAUCACCAGUUGUCAAUAAAUUGUCAUUUAUUUGUAACAACCAAUAAAACAACAUCUAAAAUUGUA